UUUGACUUUCUCUCUCCUCUCGAAUUUCUCUCUCUUCUCGAUCCAAAUUUCCGUUUUCAGAUUCACAGUAGGGUUUAUCACUCCAUAAAAUCCCCAAAUCAAACUCCAUUUCCCCCCAAAACUGCCAUCUUCAAAGCUAAAACCCUAGAGCGAUGAUUCGUUCUCUCUCUCUAGGGUUUUACCGCAAUUGAAUUCGUUCCCGUUUUAAAGAGAGUAUUCAAAUUCAUCGAAUUCGAAGACGGCGCUGAAAGUUGCAUCAAUUGUAAGUGCUCGUAACUCAGUUGUAGGCUGAUGCGUUGGUUAAGCUCGCGUAUAGAUUGAUAUAGCCACAUCUUCUUCGAUGCUAUUCCAGCUUGUAUCUAGGGUUUAUAUUUAUUUCUAGCUGCUGGUGGGGCCUGGGAUUUCUAAGUUCUGAGUGUUUGUUGAGGUUUUUGGAGCUUAAGAAACCCCUAAAUGUUUCUUGAAUCUGAACAUGAGCGAUGGAGGUGAAGCUGAAGGCACGAGAGACGAACAGAAUGGUUCGAAUUUGCGAUCUGGCGCUGGUGAUUAUAGUCGAGCUAUCUCGAGAGUUGCAAUGGCUCAAAUAUGCGAGGGUGUUGGGUUUGAGGGGUUCAAUGAGUCUGCUCUGGAUUCGCUUGUUGACAUUGCGAUUAGGUAUGUCUGUGAGUUAGGUAAAACCGCCAGAUUUUAUGCGAAUUCGGCUGGUAGGACGGGCUGCAACGUCUUUGAUGUUGUCCAGGGGCUGGAAGACUUGGGGAAGCCGCUAGGGUUUACUGGUGCUUCAGAGGUUCAUACCGACUGUGUAGUGAGUUCAGGUGCUAUUAGAGAGAUCAAAGAGUAUGUAGACAUGGCUGACGAGGUGCCAUUUGCUCAACCGGUGCCACAAUUUCCUGUGAUCAGGGAACGGAGAAUGAUACCUAGUUUCUUGCAAAUGGGGGAGACUCCGGCUUUUAAGCACGUGCCACAGUGGUUGCCUGCAUUUCCGGAUGCCCACACGUAUGUACGAACACCUGUUUGGAAUGAGAGGCUUUCUGACCCUCGUACAGAUAAGAUUGAGCUAGCGAGGCAGCAUAGGAAGGCAGAGAGGUCUUUGUUGAAUCUGCAGCAGCGGCUUGUAUGUAAUGGAUCAUCAGUGGCUACAACAUCUGCUGAACCAUGUAAUGGAGGAAAUGGAUCAGGAGUUAAUAACAAUGGGAACCUGUCUCUGGAGAAGCCGUUGGAGGCUGAGGACAUAGGCGUGUCACGGGUUAGCAUUCCCCCAAAGCUUUCUAGUCAAGCUCAGACAGAAAAACAAGUUUCUUUGUUGGAGACGUUUGCUCCAGCCAUUGAGGCAAUGAAGGAUGGGCUUGAUUCCGGAAGUGAUGGCGAGAAGACUUUUCCGGAAAAGAGGGAUUCUUUGUUUUUAGAGCUCAAGGGGGGUAAAAAGGUAUUUGGUGAACCAUUGGAUUUGAGGAUUCGGAAAGCCGUUGGAGGAACAUCUUCAUGGUUUGGUCACGAGGGUGAAAGAGAUGACAAGAAGAGGAGAGUUGAGUUUAUACUACGGCAAUCUUUGGAAAACCAGCAGGAGCUUCCUCAGUUGUAAAUUUGUAGUUCCUUGAAUGACAUUGAUUGGCUAAUGUUCAAGAAAAUAGCAGUUGAUUAGGUUAGUGACUAGUCAAACUCAAAACAUACAGUAGUUUGUGCUUGUGUAUUUGGUGCUAAUCCAUUUAGGAGCGGAACCCAGAUUAAGUCAUUUUUCGAGAUAUGUCAGUUUGGUGGCCUUGUUCUUGAAGAACUACAGAUGGAAGGUGUUUUUGGAAUGUAUCUCAUUCUUGUGUUGGUCAGUGUGACUGUAUAUUGCAUAUGCUAGAAGAAUAGCAAAUGGACUGUGGUGAUAAAGUGUGACUAGGAUAUGAAUGCAAGCGCAACGCUGCAACCCCACCAGAAACUUCCUCUACUCGCCACUGCCACAGGUCACGAUUGAGAAAUGCCCGCUCUUGGUACCACAACUAGUCAUCCGAGACCGUAUUCUACAACCGAUGAGGCCGUGGGAGCCAAAAAUGGUACGUUGCGAGGAGGAGGAGACAAACAUGUUGUUGUGGCGCUCUCAAGAUAAUUUCCUUUGACAUCAAGAACAAGUGAUGAAGCACGCGACUUGGAACUAAACCGAUGGAAAGGAUGCAUGAAUCUUUCUGAUGAGUUUAUGGACAGCCAUUGUUUGCAUUCUCCUUCUUUCUCCUCCUCUCAUUUUUGGUUGCAAAAGCCACAGACGUCACCUUUAUUUCAUUUUAGUCCAAAAAGUUUUAAGUUGAUGUAUUGUGAUACAUUCCAUCAUCAGGCGUUUGACGGCAUAUCAUUUUUUUUUUUAUCUACAUGACAUUUUUGAGUCA